AUCUCUUGGAACAGUGGUGACAAUGGUGGUAGGCUUGCCGUUGGAGUCGGUGGUGGUGAUGUGGGAGACAAUGUCGGUCUGGACACUGCCGUCAGCGUUCGUGACCACAGUGGUUCUGUCCUUACCGUCGUCGGCUGGAGAUGGGUAGGUGGUUGCAAUCGUGGUUGGGUUACCGCUGGCAUCAGUGGUGGUGAUGUGGGAGACAAUGUCGGUCUGGACACUGCCGUCAGACUUGGUCACCACAGUGGUGUCAACAGAGCCAGGAGCUGGGCUUGGAACAGUGGUGACAAUGGUGGUAGGCUUGCCGUUCGAGUCGGUGGU